AUGGCGUUCAUCCGCUGCGUUGGUGGUAUCCUCCUCUUGGACGAGGAGGGAAGGCGACUUGCUGCUAAUGCCAACGUGUGCCGUAAGAAGAUUCUCGAGAAGUUGGACUUGGUUUUUCUAAUGAUCGAUGAAGCUGUUGAAAAAGGAGUGGUAUUGGAGACGGAGUCUGAGGUCAUCACAUCGCGGAUCAAGAUGCAGAACGAUGAGGCCUCUACUACUGCUAGCGAGGAUUUGCCUACGAGCUCGACUGCUAGGACGACGACACUGCAGGGUUAUCCUGGAUCGGGUCAAGAGGCCUCAUUCAAGUCGGCAUUGUCGAGCGUCCGUGACCAGAUCGGCAACUUCUUGAGUCGUAUGUCGGGGCUUGGGUUCAUGGCAAUGCAUCCCGAGAUGGCCUCUGCUGCUUAUGGGCUCAAGGAACGGACACAUCGAGGUGAGGUACCGGAUGAAAACCUAAAGUUGCGGUUGACGAUUGUGGAGGAGGUUUCGGGAUUCUCCGAAAACUACAGAUUGAAGGACACAUGUGAUUUGGGGGCAGCCUUUCGGCUUUUUAUUAGUGCCUACGAUAAGGAGCAUGAGGCGGAGCGGAGCAGGAAUGGCCUUAUUGGGAAGUUCGCCUAUACCUAUGCUGGUAAGGCCGUGUACAGCGACCAGCGCCCAUUCGAUAUCAAAAUCAAUAAUGGAGACACUAUCAAGGCAACACGGCAAACGAGGACUUUGACUGGGGACUGUGUUGGUCAGCCAUUCUUGACACUGAUGAUAAAGCAUCCACGUUAUCCCAAUGGUCCCCCUCCUCCAAUGUGUGGGGUGAUAUCAGUAUAUGCUCGCCCUAAGGACGGCAAGCCUGUGGACCCUACAGUCUAUCCUUACUCGUGCGCACCACCUCCGUAUCCUCCUCCUGAUAUCAUAGUACAGCAAGAAUCUGCCAAUACUAGAAUGGAAUAUGUGGACCGUGAGGUGGAAGUGCCAGUAACCAAGGUCGUUCAUAAGAUUAUUGAAAUUCCAGUACCGCAGAAAAGCGUCAACAAACCUGUGGUGAAGACUGUCCAGAAAUUCAUAGAAGUGCCACAAGUAGAGUAUGUUGACAAGUACGUGGAUGUUCCUGUGAAGAAGUACGUUGAUGUGGUUAAAGAGGUCAAGGUGCCUCAGGUCGUAAAAAAGUAUGUCGAGAAGUUGGUCGAGUAUACUCCGCCAAGCUCCUCUAGGACCUCCUCUGAGGCCGCCUCACAAGGCGACCAAUGCGAGGACUGUGGGACAGUGGCUGCUGGCUGA